GAGAAGAAUAGAAUGACCCACAAUUCAUUGCUUCGCGUCAGAAUUGCCAGUCAUCUUCGGUGUUGAUCGUGAGCGGCGAGAGCUGAAACAGUGCACGAGCGUUUUGUUUAUACUCAGUAUAUUCGUUUAUACAAGCGUUUGAGAAUGAAAGAAUUAACGGCGAAGAAGACGCGAGCGGAUAAAGAGACAAAGAGCGGCAGCGGACCCGAGCCACAGGAUGUGGAAAUGAACGAGGACGAGCAGAAAGCGCCCAAAGAACAAGAUCAACUCACACUAGAAGACAUUAGGGAGCACGUGAAGCAGAUUGAGAAAGCGGUGUUGGGGAAGGAGCCACGAUUUGUUCUUCGUGCACUGCGUGCGCUGCCCUCCACUAGCCGUCGGCUCAAUCCUAAUGUCCUACACAAGGCCGUGUCUGGUUUCUUCACCUCCAAUGCUGCCGGAAAAGAAUUCUUGCUCAGCUUCCUGGAGCAGCCAGUGGAUAGUGAGGGAGACAUGCAGUUCAGGCCUCGGACAGGUAAAGCUGCUGCUAUUCCGCUGAUUCCAGAGGUAGAGGCCUAUCUACAGCUUCUGCUAGUGGUCCAUCUCACCAACAACAAACGCUACACUGAGGCUCAGAAAGUGUCUGAUGACCUGUUACAGAAGAUCAGCUCACAGAACCGUCGGGCUCUGGAUUUAGUCGCUGCCAAGUGUUACUACUACCAUUCCCGUGUGUACGAGUUCCUAAACCAGCUGGAUGUGGUCCGCAGUUUCCUGCACACACGCUUGAGGACGGCUACAUUACGUCACGAUGCUGAUGGUCAGGCUACGCUGCUCAAUCUCCUGCUGCGGAACUACCUGCAGUAUAAUUUAUAUGACCAGGCAGAGAAACUUGUGUCCAAAUCAGUUUUCCCUGAACUCGCUAAUAACAAUGAGUGGGCUCGCUAUCUUUACUACACCGGGCGUAUCAAGGCCAUUCAGCUUGAGUAUUCAGAAGCAAGAAGGACUCUGACAAACGCCCUUCGCAAAGCCCCUCAGCACACCGCCGUGGGCUUCAAACAGACGGUGCAUAAGCUGUUGAUCGUAGUGGAGUUGUUGUUGGGUGAGAUUCCAGACCGUCUGCAGUUCCGUCAGCCCUCUCUCAAGAGGUCGCUCAUGCCAUACUUCCUGCUCACACAGGCGGUGAGAACUGGAAAUCUUGCCAAGUUUAACCAGGCAUUGGAUCAGUUUGGAGAGAAGUUCCAGGCCGACGGCACCUACACACUGAUCAUCCGUCUGAGACACAAUGUCAUCAAAACUGGUGUGAGAAUGAUCAGUUUGUCAUACUCGCGGAUAUCUCUUGCUGAUAUUGCACAAAAACUGCAGCUGGACAGUCCUGAAGAUGCAGAGUUCAUCGUUGCCAAGGCGAUCCGUGACGGUGUUAUCGAGGCAAGCAUAAACCAUGAGAAGGGUUACGUUCAGUCUAAAGAGACCAUGGAUAUCUACAGCACUCGAGAGCCACAGCUUGCUUUCCACCAGCGCAUUUCUUUCUGUCUGGACAUACACAACAUGUCUGUCAAGGCAAUGAGGUUUCCACCAAAGGCAUACAACAAGGAUCUUGAGUCAGCAGAGGAGAGAAGAGAGCGAGAGCAGCAGGAUCUGGAAUUUGCUAAAGAAAUGGCAGAGGAUGAUGAUGACAGUUUCCCAUGAGACUGAAGAACAUUACCUUUAUUUCAUGUGUCUCAUUCUGUUUUGCUCCCCACAUCUGUAGAAAUGACCCAUCUGCUCUUCACAUGAACUUCUGUUCAAAAUGCUGGGUGAUGUGACAUCAUGAAUGCAUCAUCGGUUUUAAAUUCUCCAGUUGUAUACUGUCAUGCAUAGUAGUUUUUUCCACUCCCAAUUCAACAAAUAUGAAAUCUUUAAAUUUAUCCCUGUUUUAUAAAGGUGCAUUCAUAAAAAUAAAGAAUGUUCUUUAAUAGUUGGUUUGCAACAGUAUAUAAUCACAAUGUAUACAUUAGCCUGGCUUUCCCAAAUUAACCACAAUUCCAAAUUGUAAGAGAUAAAUGGAAUUGGUGAUGAGUAGUGCUUUCCUGACAGAAAAAUUUGUCCCAUGGCUCUGCAAUGUAGUGGGGUUUUCUGGGGUGAACUGCUUAUUGGUGUUACUCUUUUACGUUUGAUUGUUCGUUUUUCUUUGGGAGUUUUUCUUCAAUUAAAAUUCAGCACAGCUUCA